AUGUCUUCUCUCAGGACCGUUUUAAAUGACUCUCUGAUCAUUCAUCCUCCAGGCUUCUAUGUCAUCGGAUUCGAGACAUUUCCCUUCAUCGGUGUCUACUUCAUCUUUCUGUCCUUUGUUUAUGUGGUUACAGUGCUGUUCAAUAGUUUGGUGAUCUAUGUCAUUUCUUUUAAUGACUGCUUACAUACUCCAAAAUUACUGGCUGUGACCAACCUCGCAGUAAUUGAUAUAGUCCUUAACACAUGCAAUAUUCCCAGCAUGGUAAAGAUAUUCCUUGUUAAGGACAACUUUAUUCCAUUCAACCUCUGUUUGUUGCAGAUGUUCGUCUGCUAUUCUUUUGUAUCCCUGGAGUCAUUUGCCCUCGCUAUCCUUGCCUACGACCGGUUGAUUGCAAUAUGUUUCCCUCUGCGUCACAACUCAGUCAACACUUUGCGGAGCAUGUCUUGUAUUAUCGGCCUGACUUGGUCUUUUGCUCUGGGAGUAACAGCAUUUUCAACAGGUAUAAUGACUCAACUCUCAUUUUGCAAUUCUGUCAGAGUGUUCAGCUAUUUCUGUGACUAUGCACCUGUGUUCAGACUAGCCUGUAAUGAUUACACAUUGCAGUGGUCUGCAGCUUCUUUUCUCACGAUUAUGAUCCUCGUAGGACCCUUUAUUUUUAUUCUUCUGUCUUAUGUGGCUAUCCUGGUGACCGUGUUCAGAAUGAAAUCUUUAGACAGUCGGGUGAAAGCUCUGGCUACUUGCAUUGAGCAUAUCAUCCUUGUUGCUGUAUUUUACAUUCCUCUCAUUACCAUUUUUACUAUUGGGUUUUAUCUGCGUCUGAUUGACCCGGACCAGCGUGUGCUGAGCCUGUCGCUGGCCUCUUGCAUCCCACCCUGCGUGAAUCCUAUCGUCUACUCUUUGAAAACCAAAGAGAUCAAAAUCAGAGCCCUGGCUCUGGUGAGAAAAAAAAUCUAA